UGAAAUGAAGUCUGUAACGAAUGGAUUUUCCACUGAUGCGAGUUCUGGAGAUUCGAUUGUAUUUAGUAGACCUAAAUCAACGUAUAUUAAUAACUGUCAAAAAUAUUUAAUCCGUGACAGGACAUUUGAUCGACAGUAUGCUUCAUUUUACAUUUCCAGGUUAAAAAUGACUGCUAGUAAUUUGCAAGAACAUGCUAGAAAAAAAUGGGGGAAAGAUAUUCCUAUUAAGCAGCUCUGUGAUGUCAGUGGCAGUGAAAAUGUUAUAGUUAUUGGAACUAUUUUCAAACAUAUGGAAUUGCACCCUAGUAUUUUGAAAGAAAUUAGUGAAGAGCACAAUGUUAUACCUCAACCAGUUACUGGCGAAUUUACCAAAGAUGAUGAUUAUUUAAUCCUUGAAGAUGAUCUUCAAAGAGUCAUAUUAUGUGGAAAUAUCAGCCCACAUGAACAUGUGACAGGUGUUAAUAUAGCUGUCAUGGGUUACACUGAAGAAAAUGGGAAGUUUUUUGUUGAAGACUUCUGUUAUUCAUCAAUAAUGGAAUCUGUUAGUUUACCUAUCAUUGAAGAAGACAGGUACGUGUUCCUUGUCUCUGGAUUCAACUUGGGCGACCCGAAUGUUCUAUUUCCCCUUCAAUUAAUGAUUGAUUACUUAACUGGUCAAUUAGGGGAGGUUCAAGAUCAAGAGAAAUGCUCUCGCAUAGUAAGGGUUGUCAUCGCUGGAAACAGUAUUGGCCAAGUUUCUCAAGAUUUUUUUGCAAAGGCAAAAUUUCUGACCAGGAAGUCAAAAGCUGCAAGCAUUGAUGGAAUUAAAGCUCUGGAUAAUUUUGUGUCUCAAUUAGUUGCUUCGGUAGAUGUUGAUAUCAUGCCUGGAGAGUUUGAUCCAGCUAAUCAUCUCAUUCCCCAGCAACCACUUCAUCCAUGCAUGUUUCCAAAAUCAGCAAGUUAUUCUACUUUUCAUGUUGUUACUAAUCCUUAUGAUGCCAUCAUUGAUGGUGUUAGGUUUUUAGGUACAUCUGGUCAAAAUAUUAAAGACAUAACAACAUACAGCAGAAUUUCAGAUCCACUGAUUGCAUUGGAGAAGACGAUCGACUGGGGACAUAUGUCUCCCACAGCUCCUGACACCCUUAAUUGUUAUCCAUUCUUGAAUGAAGAUCCAUUCGUUAUUUCCGAAUAUCCUCAUGUCUAUUUUGUUGGCAAUACAUCAAAACUAUCUUCUAAAAUACAUAGUAAUGUGGGAAAGACACUGAUGUUAACCAUUCCCAAGUUUUCGGAUGCAUUCACAGCAGUUAUGUUGAAUCUCAGAACUCUUAAAGCAGAACCUGUCAUGUUUGACAUUAAGAGCUGAUUUAGUGAAGUGUUUACGUACUUGUUGAAUAUUUUUGAAGUUUCAAAACAUUUGUCAUUUUAUUUGUAUAUGAAAGUGAUAUUGUGAAUUUGACUUGAAGUCAAGAAUGUUAUAAACACCAAUUGUUUAUUUCCUACGUUUUUAAAAAUUUUUAUCAUUGAAACAUUUUUGUAAAAUAAUUAAUUUUGGUCUUCUAAAUUUAUGUGCAUUAAUAUCUUAGGGGUUGUCCACAAAUGAUGCCACGCUUUCAGUGGCGAGAGGGGUUUGAACAAGAAGUGUAACUGAUGCAUUUUGGUAGAAAUAUUUGUUUGUUCUUUAUACCAAUAUGUUUUGUAAUAUAACAUGCCAUGUGACAGGGGAGGUGUAGGACACAAGGUAAAGGGGGAGGGAAGGUUGUCAAUUACAUUGAAACAGAGUUUGACAUCAUUUAUGUACACCCUCUCUUUGCAGCGUUGAUUCUAUUGUUCAACUACGUUCAAAAAUUUGCUUUUAGACACUUUUAAUUUUAAGAUUAGUAUUUUAUAUACAUGAAUUCAAAAGUUAUUGUGUAAAUAUUGAAACCAUUCAAUUUUUUAAUUCGGAAUGACCUAUUAGUUCUUUUAAUGUGUUAAAUAGAAAGAUAGUACUAUAAAUCUUCAUACAUAGGUCUUUACAUGUGAAUUAUGUAGAUU